AUAUUGUUACAAUUUAUUUACUCUUUUGGCUUAAGUGAAUAUUGAAAAGAUUUUUAUCUGUCGUUUAUGCAACUAGUGUUUUAUGGACUAAAUUUACAUAAGAAAAAGCAAAAACUUCAACAUGGAUGGUCAAUACCCAUAUUAUCAAGUGCAGAGUGACAGUGAUAGCAGUGAUGAUGGGGUUAGUAGUUCCAAUUAUUCAUCUGUAGGACCAAAUACAGCUUGGUAUUAUGAUCAACACGGCUAUCCUCAUUAUAUACCUUCUUACGGUAUGCCCUAUCAUCCCAUGAUGAAUUACCCUCCACCUAUGCCAACUUAUGGUGUGCCUUUCACUGGAGCUUAUCCUAACGGUAUGUACACAUUUCCACGUCCACGUGUUAUAGCUCCCGUUGCUGUACCAAAUAGGUACACUCCAAGUGCUCCUCCGCCACCACCUCCUGUUAUUCAUGCCUGCAAUGCAUGUAGAAUUAAAAUGGGUCAACCUCCAUUGCCAAACCAAAUACCAGACGAUGAGGAAGAAGAGAAAAAGAGGGAAGUCGCCAUGGCCUUGAAUUUGUAUGAUAUUGCAGCAGCUAUAGAUCAACAAGAUGAUGAUGAGCUCACUGCUGAUCUGGAGAAGAUGUUGAUUGACACUAUGAUUAUGACUGACAGGGCUUUUAAGUAAAUUCUAUGAUGUGGCAACCAAAUACAACCAAAUUUUAAAGUUGUAUUAUGAAAAUCACAACGUUAUUGCAAAAGUGAAAAUCCAUUAAGAAAACUUAUUUAAAAAUUUAGAGUUUAAUUUGAACAUUUAAUCUUUACACGCUCCUCGUGUUAAGCUGUUUAAGUAAUUAAUUCUCAAACGUUUUGAAAAAUUUUUAAAAGUUAAAGAAAAUUUUCAUGUACUUGUUUGUACUAGUUUAUUACCCCAAUCAAAGAAACUAAAUCAUUUGUAGAUUCAAAAUUAAUUACAUAUAAAAGAAAGCUUUGA